CAGCAGCAAGUGCAGACUGAGUUAAGCUAACGUCAGCUAGCAUAACAUUAUUCAGCCCCAAUUCAGGGGUUUUGUCAGUCAUUGGUGUGCUAGCUUGCCCAAAGCUGGCUUCACUGGCCAAACAUGCAGAAAUAUGAAAAGCUUGAAAAAAUCGGAGAGGGUACGUAUGGGACCGUUUUCAAGGCUAAAAACAGAGAAACCCACGAAAUUGUGGCUUUGAAAAGGGUCAGACUGGACGACGACGACGAGGGGGUACCAAGUUCUGCUCUGAGGGAAAUCUGUCUUCUGAAGGAGCUAAAGCAUAAAAACAUUGUCAGACUACAUGAUGUUCUGCACAGUGACAAGAAGUUAACCCUGGUUUUCGAAUACUGUGAUCAGGAUUUGAAGAAGUAUUUUGACAGCUGCAAUGGGGAUCUAGAUCCUGAAACUGUGAAGUCGUUCAUGUACCAGCUGUUGAAAGGCCUCGCCUUCUGUCACAGUCGAAACGUUCUUCACAGAGAUCUGAAGCCGCAGAACCUCCUCAUCAACAGAAACGGGGAGUUAAAGCUGGCUGACUUCGGCUUGGCUCGAGCUUUUGGCAUUCCUGUGAGGUGUUACUCAGCAGAGGUGGUGACACUGUGGUACCGGCCUCCAGAUGUGCUGUUUGGUGCUAAACUUUAUUCUACCUCUAUCGACAUGUGGUCCGCUGGAUGCAUAUUCGCAGAGCUGGCGAACGCCGGAAGGCCUUUGUUCCCCGGCAACGAUGUGGACGACCAGUUGAAAAGAAUCUUCAGAUUGUUGGGUACGCCGACUGAAGAGCAGUGGCAGACGAUGACGAAACUCCCAGAUUACAAGCCAUAUCCCAUGUAUCCAGCCACCACCUCACUGGUGAAUGUGGUCCCCAAACUUAGUAGCACGGGACGGGAUCUACUUCAGAACCUGUUGAAAUGUAAUCCUGUCCAGAGGAUCUCUGCAGAGGAGGCCUUGCAGCACCCGUACUUUGCUGAUUUCUGCCCACCAUAAAUGCAAAAUUGCCUCUCACUGAACUUCAGCCACCAAAAUCAAUCAUCCUUCACUCUGUUGGGUCAUUAGGACCAGUCCCAACAAGGCAAAUCCCUCGGCGGUUUUCAGACACUCCCCCUGCAGUUCAUUCUGUUGUGCCUCUGUGUGGAACAAAGCCCUCGUGGCUCUGCAAGCUUUUAGGUUCUCUUAAGCUGAAAGCCUGUUUAAUUUGGUACAUCCAUGCCUCCCGGUUAAUUAGCACGAACGCGGGAGCGUGCAUUGUUUUCUACCUGUGGAAAUGGGUUUUAACGCGACGCCCCUCUGCUCCCAACAGAAUCAAAUAAACAUGUUCUGGUUUAUUUCUGACUUUUAAAGAGUUUAUCAGGAGGAAGGCACGCUCGAAGAAUCUGUGGUAAUCUCAUUUGGUGGAUUAAUUCUGGAUACCUAAAAUAUAAAACACACAACACAACACUUUCUCAAACAGCUUUUCUAAAAAUGACGCUUCUGCUCCUGUUGUGAUGUGUUUUGCCAACUAGUUCUUACAAGUCUUAUCAUUUGUGGAGACAGAAGCAGGAAUGUGAUGGCAUAUCGUAGCUAACGAGGAGUCUGCUGUUAACUAAUAGCCGUCACACACACAUAGUUACUGAGCGCUUUGAUAAGUUAAUAUUCACACACAUACUCGUCAUCCACAGAUUCGUGGGGCAGCUAAACCUAGAGUCAAUAUUUACAGUCGGGUUGGAGUGAGCGCUUCAUUUGGAAACUGUAAAAGUUUAAAUCAACAUUUACUCCCUGUUGCAUCUGUUGUUUUGUCUAAAAUAAGUCUGUAAAUUUCUUUGGAAGGUUUCCUGGAUGUAAAAAUGUAAUUUGGUACAAAUCACAGGAAUUUCCCUUUUGUUCUAAUUAAAUACUAAAUUAAAUUCUAUUCUUGUUUGUGCAUAAAAUGCAAAUUGAACCUCUUGAGAUUAUUGAUCAGAGUUUAUGACCAAGUUAAACGCUGUCCCUGUUCUUCCUCGUACCAAAUCACAAACUUACUUCCUGGAAACAACCAGAAACCACGAGGUGACCACGGCCCGGUUCUUACUGCUCGGACUUCACCCUCCUGCUACUGCGGAUGUUUCAGCUCUUUGUCCCACUACCUAUUACAAGAUUGUACAAUAGCAUGGGAAGCUAAUUUAUCAUUUUCUUUUUCUCAGGCUUUUUAUUUCCCAUUUUGUAUUUUGUCUUUUGUGCACUUUGUAACUGAUAGUUUUAUUUUAAAUUGUUUAGUUAUCAAUAUUAUGGAACAUGUUGAACACUGACAGCCAGGAUUAUAGCCGGUUAUCAAUAAAUGGGCCAAUAUAUAUAAAUAUAUAUGUUAAUGACUAGUGGACCAUUAGUGACACAUCUUUAUCAUUAUUAUUAUUAUACUAAUGACUUUUUGCUUUUUUUUUUUCUAAAAAUGCUUUUUGUAAUAGUUAGAGAUGAAAAAAAAAAUCCAAAUAAUCCACUGAUAAUCUGUAUUUUCAUAUGAUUGUUUUGCACCAUUUGCUGUUUCCAUUUUUUUGGUCUCUGGUUAACGUGGUCAACAGCUCGCUCCAGAUUGUUACAGAGCGACUCAUCCCGUGAAACGCCAACACGACGAGCUGCGUGUGAAGGAGCCGCUCGGACGGGGGAAGGAUUUCUUUUCAUUUUUGCUUGUGUAAGACGAGAUAAUGGAUGCAUGUAUUUAUUAAUGAUGGAAUGUCUGCUCUCUCUUUUUUUUGUUUUUGCAUAUUUUUAAAAGCUGUAGCACAACUUCAUUUGGUACAGAAACUCUCUUUUUUUUGGAAUGAUUUAAGUAUACUCAGAUCUAAGGCUCUCUUUUUAGGAUUUAAAAUGUUUGAAGGUUGUGUGUGUGUGUGUGUGUGUGUGUGUGGAUUAAGUUAUAAUUAAUGAGAACAAAAAAAACAAAAGCUCUUAGAAUUUCAUUGUCCCGUGGCGAUAACGGGACUCUAUACGGUUUUGAGUGGAUUCUGCACUUUGACUAGUAUCUUUGCUUUUUGCUGGUAGAAGUUGGGACAAAUGUUGUGAUUGUGUUUAUUUCAAUAAGACGCAGUAUUCAGUAAAGUCAACAUAAAUACAUGGUUUCUUUAAAAAAAA